UGUUGUAAAGGACUGUGAUAACAAACAAUGGACAGUGAAUGCUAUUGGUGGGCUUUUUAAUUGACAGUUGAAACUACGAAUCAGUACAGCUUUAGCGUCAUCGGAAAGUAGUUCCGCCAAAGGAUAUAGAAGUGUGUUGCAUCAGAAAGUUUAGUGCGGAGCUAAUGAGUGUUCUCCAAAAGUUUAUUUCAAGUGUGUGCGUGCAGCUAGAAAACCACACAUACCCAUCUACAGUGGAGAAUAAAAAUUAAAGAAGAAACAUCAGAGUCAUUGCAUUCUAACCGGAUGUGCCAUAGUGAUUGCAAACCUUUACUAACCAGCCCCAAAUAAAUACCUCAAAACAUAUGGUCCUUCGAGCCGGAUUGCAAUUGCUGUGGAAUUGAUAAAAUGUCUUCUGACCAAAGGAGUAGAGAAGGAAGGCCUGCUAAUGUGCGUCCUAAACGACAAGUGCGACCACCAGCCUGGUUGAAAGAUUAUGAUGUUUCUCUCCCGCACUAUAAUGAAUCUUCACCUGUUGUUCAAACUACACCUUUCACCACAGAGGAACAGGAGCCUUAUCGUAUUGAGAGGGUAGCCGAGAUGACCCCCCUCACUCAUCACACACUUCGACACUUCGACACUUCUACUGGACUCAGGCAGAGGCCGUUGACCCAUUCUGGCCAGGUGGAACAGAUGUAUAAGAGCACACCUGUACCUCACCACAGUGUAUCAGGGGAUGUAUCCUCAGAGAUAUUGGAGGCUAUUCAACAGCUCAAGAUGGAGAAUCAGAAACUACAGUCUACAGUUGUAGACAUGCAACGAGAUAUGAGAGGUGAUACUGUGGUUCCAUUGCACCAUAGGUCAGUGCCACCAUCACACGAUAAAGCCCCUUCGCAACCAUGGCGGCUACCUCGUGCCAACCUGCCAUACUCAGAGCAGCCAACUGAUAGUUAUAAAAUUCCGCCUCACAGUAAAUCGACAUGGGAUGUUAGUAGAGCCCCUAUACCAGACAAGGAGGAGGAUUGGCCACCCCCACCUCCACCAGUAGCUGAUGAUGUCCCACUUCCUCGAACUCCAGUGAAUAAACCACUACCUCCACCUCCAACAGCAGCCAUCCCAGACUUAGUGGAGGAAUUAACUGCAUGUUUGCGUAGACUAGGCAGGACAUCACACCCACCUUCGUGUCCAGCGACGCCUGAGUACUUUGAACCAGAUGAUGGUUCUUCAGUGGCAUCUGAUGUGCAGAGGUCACAUGACAUUGAUAGACAAUCCAAGUAUCCCCCCAUACCUCCUCAUGUCAGUAUGCAGUAUCACAAGGAGACUGCUGAGGACUUCCACAACCCUCAGCGAGAGAAAUUAUAUCGAGGUCCUAAGCCCACAAUUCCAGAUUUCACCAAAGGGGACCCACGAGAGUUUGCAAGAUUGAAGAUCUCCCUGGAUAAUAUUCUGCCUGAAGAUGCCACAGAGAGAUUUAAAUAUCAGAUCCUCUUAGAUCAUCUCAAAUUCGAGGAUGCCCUUCUGAUAGCAGACUCUUACACAAACUCAAAGAGACCUUAUUCAGACACCAUGGCUUCCCUGGCAGAACAGUAUGGACAGCCCCACCAGUUAGCUCUACGCCAUAUUGCUGACCUCAUGGAAGGCUCAAGUAUCCGCAGUCAUGAUACAACUGGAUUUAAGAAGUUCGCACUUAAGGUCAGAGCUCUCGUGGGCAUGCUAGAUCAACUUGGUCAAAGUGGAAAUGUUGAACUCCAGUGUGGCUCACAUGUUACUAGGUUACUAUCCAAGUUACCUCAGGACCUGCGAGCUGAUUUCAAGAGGUACAUGUAUCCCCUGGGAGUCCGCAUCCCCACACUUCUGAACUUUGCAGAGUGGCUGGAAUACGAACUGACAAUUCAAGAAAGUGGUUUUGAGUUUAUUGGAGAAAGAAGGGAACGCCUUGAUCAAAGGAUGGACAGACGUAAGGACGUCAAGUCUAGUAAGACAUUUUCCAUAUUUCACAGCUCGGGCCCUUCCACCACCAAUCCACCUACAGAAGGGUCUGGUCCAAGUGCUUCUAGACCUCAAGACAAGGUAAAGGCAUACUGUCCCUAUUGCUCCAACACCCAACAUUACUUGAAUCAGUGCCAGAACUUUAGUCAGCUUACUAAAGAACAGAAGUGUUACUGGGUAAAAACAAAUAAAAAAUGUUGGCGUUGUGGUCGCACCCACCAAGCAGCACAGUGUCGUCUGAAAACAAUCUGCAAAAUCUGUAAUGGCAGGCAUCUUGAGGCACUCCACGAGCUCAAUGAUAGACCAAUUAGAGAAACCCCUCCUCUUUCGAAUCCCACCAGUGAGGUUCUCUACUUGGAUAGGCAAGCAGGCUGCAGUAAGGUACUGCUGAAAGUCAUCAAAGUGAUUUUACGUAAUGGAAAGCAUGUGCUAGAGACCUUCGCCAUUCUAGAUGAUGGCUCAGAGAGAACAAUUCUCCUUCAGGCUGCUGCUCAGAAACUGAAUCUUCACGGGAAGACAGAGAAUCUGGUACUGAGAACAGUUCGACAGGACAUGAAGGUCAUACAAGGUAAUACAGUUUCCUUCUCAAUAUCUCCUGCUUGUCAGCCUCAGAAGGUCUUUAAGAUCAACAGAGCUUUCACAGCAGAUCAGCUAGGAUUGGCAGAACAUACUUACCCUAUUAAAGUUCUACAAAGCAAGUACAGCCAUCUCAGAGGGCUGCCCAUUCCUGCCCUUGACAAAGCUCAUCCACUCUUGCUAAUUGGCUCUGACUAUCCUCAUUUAAUCACGCCAAUUGCGCCAGUGCUCUUGGGUCCUUCGGGUGGACCAGCAGCAGUGAGAACGAGGUUGGGUUGGACAAUCCAGGGUCCUGCCAAGCUUGUCCAUUAUCAGCUUCAGACUCAACAGUGCCUGAACAUUUCCAUUAUGUCUCCCUCCAAUGAACUGUUCAAAAAUGUGCAGCAACUUUGGCAACUAGAUGUAUUGCCUUACAGGAAUGAGAAGCUUAUCACUAGAUCUAAGCAAGAUCAGGAUGCAGUUAACCUGUUAAAGGCAAAGUCCAAACGGAUUGACAUCAAUGGGAUCCAGCGCUAUGCCACUCCUCUUCUCAGGGUAAAGCACAUGCCAAAACUACAAGCCACAAAGGAAGCGGUAAUGGCCAACCUCCGCAGCACAGAGAAUCGCUUGAUGAGAGACCCUCAAAAGGCAGAAGCUUAUAAUGACGAAAUUAGGAAGCUAGAACAAGCUGGCUAUGCAGUCAAGGUACAAGAGCAGAUACUGAGUGAGACUGAUGAAUCUUGGUUCAUCCCUCAUCAUAUGGUGAGUCACAACGGGAAGAACAGAGUUGUCUUUAACUGCUCAUUCUCCUACAAAGGACAAAACCUAAAUGAUCUACUCCUGCCUGGACCCAAUUUGGGGUCUUCUUUACUUGGUGUACUGCUGAGAUUCAGGGAGCACUCUGUCGCUAUCAGUAGCGACAUAAAGGGCAUGUUUCACCAAGUGAGAUUGCUGCCAGAAGACAAGCCACUCCUCCGUUUCUUAUGGCGCAAUUUAGACCGAGAGAAACAACCCGAUAUCUAUGAGUGGCAAGUGCUCCCAUUCGGGACAACAUGUAGUCCGUGCUGUGCUACAUACGCUUUGCAGAGGCAUGUAUUCGACCACAGUCAACCAGGAGACCAGGUACGAGACUCUGUUGAAAGAUCCUUCUACGUAGACAACUGUCUACAGAGCCUUUCUUCGUUGGAUGAAGCCAAAUUGCUUGUGGAUUCAUUAAGAGACCUGUUAGCUACAGGUGGAUUCGAAUUACGGCAAUGGGCAAGCAACAUUCCUGAGGUCAUUUGUCAUUUACCAAAGGAAGCCAGGUCAGAGAGCAGUGAGCUUUCGCUCAAUCAGACUGGGGAAGAUCCUCAAGAAUUUGCACUAGGGCUACGUUGGCUGUGCAAUUCAGACACUCUAAAGUAUAAGUGCCGUCUGCUAGACUGCCCGAAACCAACAAUGAGGAACAUAUACAAAGUGGUAGCAAGUCAAUAUGAUCCUCUCGGGUUCAUUGUUCCCUACACAACUAGGGCCAAAAUCCUCAUUCAGCAUCUUUGGGCAAAACACAGAGAAUGGGAUGAUCCGGUACUGCCAGAAGAUCUCCUUCGAACUUGGCACUCUUGGCAGGGGGAAUUGCAACACCUGUCCCAGAUCAACUUAACCCGCUGCUAUGCAAGUCCAAAGAUGGAUGUUCCUGACUGCACUCGACAAAUCCAUGUGUUCUGCGAUGCCUCGGAAAAGGCUUAUGGUUCUGUUGCAUAUCUACGAACAGAAAACCCAGAGGGAGGUGCUGAAGUGUCAUUUCUCUCUGCUAGAUCAAGAGUGGCCCCUAAGCGACAGCUAUCCAUGCCUAGGUUAGAACUGUGUGCGGCCCUUACAGGUGCACAGUUAGCUUCUCUUGUUAAUAGAGAGCUUACAUUAGACAUUUGUUCCUGUUUCCUCUGGACUGACUCCACCACAGUCCUAACAUGGCUACAGUCUGACUCCUGUCGCUUUAAGGUUUUUGUGGGCACACGAGUUUCUGAGAUUCAGGAACUUACCAGUGAUUACACCUGGCGUUAUGUUGAUUCUACUAAUAAUCCAGCAGACGGCAUCACCCGUGGAAAAACUUUGGUAGAAUUAGCAACAGAUAAUCGGUGGAGACAAGGACCAACAUUCCUCUGGCAGCCACAGGACCACUGGCCCAUUACCCCAGGCCAAGGUAACAUUGAUAGUUGUGAACUGAGGAAAUCUAUCUGCUGCAAUCAUGUAAGUGUCGCUGAAGAUCACUCAUUCCCAGAUCCAAAUCAGUACAACAGUUUUAAAGAUUUAAUUGAAGCAGCUGUACUCUUACGCCAUGGGGUGGCUGGGAAACAGGGAAACCCAACAGCUGAUGACUACAAGUUGGCAGAAACAGAUCUCCUAAGAAAAUCUCAACAAGAUAGCUUCCCUGAAGACUUUGACUGUCUAGCAAUAGGCAGACCAGUACAAUCAUCUAGCCGUUUGAUCACCCUUGCACCUGAAUAUGACCCUGUAUUCCAACUUAUCCGAGUCGGAGGUCGACUCCGCCGCAGUGAACUGCUAGAUCCAGAUACUAUCCACCCAGUGGUUCUAGACCCAGCUCACAAAGUAACACAACUCCUCAUUCAGGAUAUGGACAACCAACUCUGUCACCCAGGUUCUGAACGAGUUUUUGCAGAGCUUCGCCGUCAAUUCUGGAUUCUUCGAGUCUUGAUACGGACUCCUUUCUGA